CAGCGACACACGGGCACACACAGCUCCGUGCCUGAGGGGCAGGGUGAACAGCAGCGACACACGGGCACACACAGCUCCGUGCCUGAGGGGCAGGGUGAACACCCGCGACACACGGGCACACACAGCUCCGUGCCCGAGGGGCAGGGUGAACAGCAGCGACACACGGGCACACACAGCUCCGUGUCUGAGGGGCAGGGUGAACAGCAGCGACACACGGGCACACACAGCUCCGUGCCUGAGGCACGGGGUGAACACCAGCGACACACGGGCACACACAGCUCCGUGCCUCAGGGGCAGGGUGAACAGCAGCGACACACGGGCACACACAGCUCCGUGCCCGAGGGGCAGGGUGAACAGCAGCGACACACGGGCACACACAGCUCCGUGUCUGAGGGGCAGGGUGAACAGCAGCGACACACGGGCACACACAGCUCCGUGCCUGAGGGGCAGGGUGAACAGCAGCGACACACGGGCACACACAGCUCCGUGCCUGAGGGGCAGGGUGAACAGCAGCGACACACGGGCACACACAGCUCCGUGCCUGAGGGGCAGGGUGAACAGCAGCGACACACGGGCACACACAGCUCCGUGCCUGAGGGGCAGGGUGAACAGCAGCGACACACGGGCACACACAGCUCCGUGCCUGACUCCAGUGAUUGCUCUCGGGCACCACAGCCCCCUGCAGAGAGAAAUGUUCGGCUCCUGCCUCCCCUGGAAAACACUGUUUGUUCUAAGUUUAGCAGUGCUUCAUGCAGAUUCUGCCGAAACUGGAGCUUUUGCUGGUCUAAGUGAAUGCAAAACUGCAACCAUAAAUGAUGUGAAGGAGAGUCUGGAGAAAUAUUCAAAAUGCUUGCCUGAAAUGGUUGCCAAGGGUGAAAAAGCUUCAAUCAAUUCCCUGGUGUGGACACUGCAAGAAACACUUGAUCUGCUGCGCCCUGCUCAAGAGCAAUUUUGCAAGCAGCUACCUCUGUGCCCACGGCCAGUGGCCCCAAAAAACGGGGGGCUGGUGUGUGUGACCAUUGACGACACUCAGUACUGCAAACCCAUGUGCAACAAGGGUUAUGACUUUCAGUUCCUCAGAAGCAGCAGGCUGUAUGAGGUGUGUGGCAAUGGCACUGGAUUUUCCUGGACCACGCAGCUUGUCGGGGGAAAGGCACUGGCUGUUUGCAACCCCUCUGAGAUGGCCAUCAGUGGAGCUAAAUCUGCCUAUUUCCCCAGCAACAGCACCUGUGUGCGCACACUUGCCUUCCCUGAGGCUCAGACAGAGCAGCUGAACAUCUUCCUCGAAGAGCUUGCAGAGCAAGGCAUCGACGGCUCCCGCCGGGCCCAGGGGGCUGAUUGUAUCAUCUGUGGUUACUAGCACCGAGCAGCCUUGGACGGCACUUGGACAGCAGAAGAGAGCAGUGAAAUCAUGGCUAGUGCCUGUAAACACACAGCUUUUGUUUAGUUAAAGGACUGGAGAUCACAGCCGUGACCUCAGCUUUGGGGUACAGAUAUAGAGGCUAAAUCUAAUCCCACGGCUCAUGGCAAGAAGAGUUUCAAAAGAAAGAAGACCACUUUUAUGGCUUAAAUCUGUCUAGCUGUAAUUAAAUAAGGGCUGCAGUUUUUCAAUGGAUGCCUUCCUAUUGGCUUAAUUUCUUCAGGAUCUCUGAGGAUAGUGAUAGUAACACUGAUUGUUAUCAGAAAUUGUCCUGUGACAGGGGUCAUCUUUACUGAGAAAGGGCACUACUUCUACUCACUUUUACAGUUGCCAGAUAAUCGCUAUUAUUGCUCUGGUGACCAUUAAAGCUGGGUAAGUGAUGACAUUUCCUGGCUGUAGAGGUCUAUAAUACUUUAUCCACUUGCUUGCUUGACUGGGCCUUAGAACAGCAGCAGAAAACCUGUCCAUGGUCCACCUGGCACUAAGUGAAAGUGAAGAUCAAAGGCAACUUAGCACUGGUGAUCCAGCUUAUUUGUGGAGCUGCAGCUACCAAACAAUGUGCAUGUGAAUUAUUACGAAAUAUAAACAAGAAAUUUAGCAA